UUGAAUUUUACACUAAUUAAUUAUUCUUAAUUAUUUACCGAGAACGGACUUCGUAUUACGAUUACGAUUACCCCUAAAACAAUCGUAUUAUUAUACCAAAGUCCGAACACAAUCUCUGCUAUUUCUAGUCCAUUAUAAUGGGAUAAUAAUAUCAUUGACCGUCACAAUCUCUGCUUCUUUUUUCUGCUUCAUUGGAGACCCAAGCCAACGCCAUAGCUGCCAGCCACACCACAUCCCUCAAUCUCAAUAUUCCUAUUGUUUGUUUUCCGAUAAAGGAAAAAACAACAAAGUAGAAAUCAUUUUUCUUUUGCUUUCUUGGGAAAAUUAAGCAUUGCUCUUUUGAGAAAAUCCUUUAUUUAUCCUGGAGUGUUUAUAUACUAUAUAUAUAUAAAUAUUAUAUGGUUCUUCUCUGCCAAUUCGUUCUCCGGCUCAGAUCUCAAGCUUCUUUCUUCUCAGAGAUUUUUCCUGCAAAACCCUAACUUACUUCAUUUUCUUCUAACCUCGAUGCACGGCUACAGCCGCCUCGGUACCGCAAGGUCCAGCGGCUCGCCGCCUUCAUCGCCUCGGUUUCGCCAUGGCCGGAGUAAGAGCGGCAGCGGAAGAGGAUCGAAGCAGAGUAUUGUAGAGAAGGUCAUCUUUAUACUUAUAUCUGCAGUGUUUAGGAGAAGAGGCGUGCUAUUGUUGGCGCCGCUGCUUUACAUUUCGGGAAUGUUGUUGUAUAUGGGCUCGGUGAGCUUCGAUGUUGUUAGCUUGAAAAAUGGUGUCGUUGUAGUUCACAAGCAUCCUCCACCGGGUUCCGUGUACAGGAGCCCUCAGGUCUUUGAGAAGCUUUGGCGUUUUAUGGAAGCUGAAAGCAAUGGAACUGAAAAUGUGUUGAUAUCGGUGUGGAAUUCUAAAGUGCAUCAGGUUUGGAAGCCUUGUGUUUACAAGGAUAUCUCAAAAGCAGAAUUGCCAAAGUCGAAUGGUUUUUUCAUAAUUGAAGCAAAUGGCGGGUUAAACCAGCAACGUCUGUCGAUUUGUGAUGCUGUUGCUGUGGCUGGACUAUUGAAUGCAACUCUUGUAAUUCCAAUUUUUCAUUUGAAUAGUGUUUGGCGAGACUCCAGCAAUUUUAAGGAUAUAUUUGAUGAAGAAUUUUUCAUCCAUACUCUCCGAAAUCAAGUGAAUGUAGUGAGGGAGCUACCAGAAGAUGUUCUUCAGCGUUUUGACAAUAAUAUAAGCAAAAUCGUGAAUCUUAGAGUAAAAGCUUGGUCAAGUCCAACUUACUAUCUUCAUAAGGUCCUUCCAAAGUUGGUAGAAAUGGGGGCUGUGCGGAUUGCACCAUUCUCCAACAGAUUGGCUCAUGCAGUUCCUUCAAGUGUCCAAGGGCUUAGAUGCUUAGCCAAUUUUGAAGCACUAAGAUUCUCAGAACCUAUAAAGAGGCUGGCAGAGAAAAUGGUAGAUCGAAUGAUUAAGAAAAGCUACCAGAGUGAUGGAAAAUAUGUAUCUGUACAUCUUCGGUUUGAAGAGGAUAUGGUUGCUUUUUCAUGCUGCGAAUAUGGUGGUGGAGAGGAAGAGAAACAUGAAAUGGAUAUUGCUCGAGAAAGAAGUUGGAGAGGAAAAUUUAGGAGAAGGGGCAGAGUAAUAAGGCCUGGUGCAAAUCGAGUGGAUGGAAAAUGUCCUUUAACUCCUUUGGAGGUGGGAAUGAUGCUCAGGGGCAUGGGUUUCGAUAAAACUACUUCUGUAUAUGUUGCAGCUGGAAAAAUUUAUAAAACAGAGAAGCAUAUGGCCCCACUAAAGCAAAUGUUUCCUCGUUUAGAAACGAAAGAUACAUUAGCUUCCCCAGAAGAGCUUGCUCCUUUUAAGGGCCACUCAUCUAGGUUGGCUGCUCUUGAUUACACGGUUUGCCUAUACAGUGAAGUGUUUGUCACCACUCAGGGUGGCAAUUUUCCCCAUUUCUUGACCGGCCACCGGCGCUAUUUGUUCGGGGGACAUGCAAAGACGAUCAAACCCGACAAGAGGAAAUUAGCUCUGUUGUUUGAUAAUCCAAAUAUCAGAUGGGAAGACUUCAAACGACAAAUGCGUGACAUGCUUCGCCACAGUGAUCAAAAGGGUAUUGAGACAAGAAAACCUAGUGGCUCUUUAUAUACAUUUCCGAUGCCAGAUUGCAUGUGUAAACAAGCCGAGCAAAGAGUGAAAACGUUAAUAAUACAACAAGACGUGUGAGAUUUUUAUUAUAGAAAAUCUCGAUUUAUUUAUAGAAUUUUUUUUAUCAUUAUUUAUAAUUGUAGGAAGUCUCGAUUAAUUAAUUUUUUUACACUUGUAAUGUAUAAAUAUAUUGUUUUUUUUUGUUCGUUUUUGGGUUGAUUAAUUCUGCCGAAGUGUGGCCUUCUAUAUGUUAAAUUCAUUGUACAUGGAAGAUAAGAAUUUAUGGGAAGUUAUCUUCCUGUUCUUUCUUUUUCAAAGCUGCAAUAAAAAGGUUCAGACUUUAUAUA